GCACCCAGCCAUGAAGCUCCUUUUUCCUAUCUUUGCCAGCCUCAUGCUACAGUACCAGGUGAACACAGAAUACUUUGGUUUGGGAAGAUGUGUAAUGGGUUUUGGGAGAUGCAAAGACCACUGCGCCAUGGACGAAAAAGAGGUAGAUAAAUGCAAAAAGAAAAAAUGUUGUAUUGGACCAAAAGUGGUUCGACUGAUAAAAAGCUACAUACAAAAUGAAAUGCUCCACACACUUGAAGAGGACUCUCAGGAACUGCUAAAAAUUACCAAGAAUUUUAGUGUUGUGAUGCAAACAAAAAAUCAUACUUUAUCUCUUCUGCCCAAAUUCAGAAGUGUCAACCCUUUUGCCAGCAUCAACACCAUCAUCAUCCCAAAUGCCACCACUGUGAACUCUGCCACCACCAACCCCAUGAUCACAGGAAAGAUAAUACACACUGCUACUUCUACCAAGAGUGACACCAAAAAAAGAAGAGAUUCAGCCACUGACUCCCCACCACCAGCACCACCACCAUAGACACUGCUGACAACAUGACUGGAGCUGGAGGAAGCAGAUGAGCAGGGAUGUGGGUCUUUCCUUUAAAACACUAAGCUCCUCUUUAUCUUUGCUUCUAUAAACUGAGACAUAGAACUGUUUCCUUUAUCAUCAGUCAUUCAAUAAACACUGUUUA